AUGAGCUCGGAUCUGGAGCACAUGUCGUUGAAGUCAACCGGGAACUCGGUGGGCUCGGCUGGUCGCGCGCUGUCGCUGAACGUGAGAAAGCUUCACAACGCUCUAAAUAUUCUUCUUAACGACUACGAGAGAGAACAGUUCAUCCACUGCUUGAACGUGUACCACGCCAAACGAAAUGUUUUCGACCUGGUUCAAACGCUUAAAGUUAUCCUGAACACAACAAGCAAACGGCAGCUGUUGCCUAUGUUACGCAUGGUCAUUCCCCGUUCCGAUCAACUGCUAUUCGAUCAGUACACUUCGGAAGGUCUGUAUUUGAAAUCAGAUUUACUGUCUGCAAGUGGAAACCCUGAAACAUCCGAGGAAACAAAUAAUGCCACCACCCACGCCCGAGUGCCUUCUGCACACUGUCCCUAUCCCACGGAGCAGCCUUCGGUAUCCAGCCACACGUCUCUGCGAGCGUCUUCUGCUAAUUUCAGCACCACGGCGGACGGGACAGCUCCCUGCUUGUCAGACACGGGGAGACUGUUUCUGCCUGAGCUGAACACCGAGAUUCGACAAGUUACUCUAAAGCGCAGCAAAAGCAACGAGGGCUUGGGUUUCAGCAUCCGUGGAGGGUCCGAGCAUGGCGUCGGAAUCUAUGUUUCCCUGGUGGAACCUGGAUCUUUUGCCGAAAGGGAAGGACUUAGGGUUGGCGACCAGAUCCUCACAGUCAAUGACUUGGUAUUCGACAGGGUGACGCACGGAGAGGCGGUGAAGGUGUUGAAGGGCUAUAAGAAGCUGGCCAUGUCCGUCUGCUCCAUGGGCCGCAUCCCUGGAGGCUAUGUGACCAAUCACGUGUACACGUGGGUGGACCCCCAGGGCCGCAGCGUGUCCCCCCCGCCGGAGCUGGUGGAGCAGGCCGGGGGCCCCGCAAGACGAGGGGCCACACCGCUGCCCCCACCCCCACCGGAGAAGAGGGUGACUGUGAAUAUGGAGGACGGCCGGCCCCUGGGGCUAAUGAUCCGCGGCGGUGCCGAAUACGGCCUGGGGAUCUACAUCACUGGAGUGGACAGGGGCUCCGCAGCGGAGUGUGCCGGGCUCAAGGUAGGAGACCAGCUGCUGGAGGUGAAUGGCCGCUGUUUCCGCACGAUGCCCCAUGACGAGGCGGUGCUGGUGCUGCGCUCCUCCCAGCAGCUGCAGGUGGUGGCCAGGGAGGUGGGACGCCUGCCCCACGCACGCACCAUCGUGGACGAGACACGCUGGAUACCCAGCGGACAGAUCGCAGAGACCUCGGCGGCCGGGUUCAGCAUGACUGGGCUCCCUGUGGACAGUGGAGUGGGCGCUGCAGGAAAGCAGAGCUAUGUCCCCGGGCCUCUUCCACAGCUAGAGAGCUGCCAGCGGCUGCUGCUGCGUUCGGGCUCUGUGCUGGAGGAGCAGGCUGUGCUGCUGCUGACGGAGGCCGAGAGGCAGACCAUGGCCUACUACCUGCAGGAGUACCGCGAGGGACACAUCGCCAUACACGCCCUGGCCAUGGCCCUCUUCGAACUCUUCAACACACAUGCCAAGUUCACCAUGCUGUCGGAGGUGCGAGGGCUGGUGGCGGCGCAGGACGUGGAGCGCUUUGACCUGCUGGUGCUGCGGAGGGAGAUGGACCUGUGGAACGCCCAGCACCCCCUCAUGAUCGCCAUGCCCCCCCAGCAGGAGCCCGCAGGAGGAGGACCCCCCGGGGGGGGGCAAUCCUCACACAUCCACCGCCAACAUCACACCCUCGCCGGCUGCUAUGUCAAGAGCGAAACCAAGGUGGACGGUGGUCUUUCUCGAGGGGACCAUGAGAUGUUCAAUAGCUUACCUGACAUUGCACUGGAUGAAGUCCACUCCUCCUCCGAAUCACCCCCCUCCUUCAAGCCGUCGCCUCCUCCUCCCAAGCAGCACGGCAGUCCCAAGGGGGGGCGCUCCACCAAGCGUCCAGCCUCCUCCUCCAAACUCUCCCAGCUCUUCUCCUCCGCCGGCCCCCACGGCCGGAUGCAGCGCGACCGCGGCAGCCACAGCGCUCACAGCCUCCACGCUUCCUCCACCACCAACGUCAACGUCAACGCCAACGCUCUCACGCACCACCACCACCACUCGCCCGUCCUGCCCCGCGUGAGGUUGUCCUCGUCGUCGUCACAGCAGGGUAGCCCGGCCCUCUCCGUCCGCUCCUCGGUCUCCAUGUCUCCCUCGUUCCCGGUGCCCGCCGCCCCCCAUCCCAGCCCGGAGAGGCUGGAGCUCGGUCCUCGGACUGGGCAAGGGACGGGGACUGGGAUGGGGGUGGGGGCGAGUCUCGGACCUGGAGGGUCUGGGGGUCCUCCGUCGUUGCGGACCUCCCCGGUGACCUCCUGCAGCACCCAGACGGAGAGGCUGAACCCGGAGCCGGAGGGGGCGGGGGGAGCGGAGGGGAGGGGGUUGCCACCUCAGGCUAGAGCGGGAGCCACGCUGUCCCAGCUGUCUGACAGUGGCCAGACCCUCAGCGAGGACAGUGGGGUGGACAUCCCAGAGUCGGGGGGCCUGAGUAAGGACAGUAGCCCCAGGCCUGGCAAGCCCCCCUGCGCCGCCACCCCCCAGCCCUCGCCACAACCCUCGGGAGCAGAGAGGGCCGCAGCGCAGCCCUCGCCGACACCGACCAGUAUGUCUGAGCCGUGCCUGGUGCGGGUGGAAAAGAGUGCCACAACGCUGGGCAUAGCCAUUGAAGGGGGUGCCAACACUAGACAACCCAUGCCACGCAUAGUCACCAUCCAGAAGGGGGGCUCUGCGCACCUGGGCGGUCAGCUACGCGUGGGUCAGGUGAUCCUGGAGGUGAACGGCGUGUCGCUGAGGGGCAUGGAGCACAGGGACGCCGCCCGCCUCAUCGCAGAGGCCUUCAAAACCAAAGACAAGGACCACAUCGAUUUCCUCAUCGCUGAGUUUAACAACGCCCUUUAACGG